AUGAGUUUCCAACCCCUCAACCCCCGCCCAUUCCUCCAGGCCCGCGUCGGCACCGAGCUCAUCAUCCGCCUCAAAUGGGGCCAGACCGAAUACCGCGGCACACUAGAAAGCAUCGACUCGUACAUGAACGUUUUGCUCAGGGAUACAGAGGAAUAUAUUGAUGGGAAGAAUACUGGUAGUCUUGGAUUGGUUUUGAUAAGAUGUAACAAUAUUCUCUGGAUGGCUAGUGCUGAUGGUGUCGAAAUGACGGAUCUGGGGUUAAAGUGA